AUGCCGUUUUUACGACGCCGCGGCAAUGUUGGCAGUGAGACGGAUAUGAGACGGCACUCACUGUUUGACGCCCUGCCCGGUGUUCCCCCGUUGAAGGAGCCGCCCAUCCGUGCCGAAUCAUCGACCUCGGACUUGCCCGCCGCCCUGACGUCGGUUGCAGAAGAUGCUCCCGCACCGCCCUCUCCUGUUCCUCCCUCUCCUGCCUCGCCUAUCUCGCCCAUGGAGCUGCCCCGCGAUAGCAUCUCGGUGGCUUCGACCCACGCCCAGGAACAGCCUCGCGCCUCCGUCUCCCUUGCCCUGCCCGACGACUCCAACAAGCACCGGCGCUUCUCCAUGCUGAGAUUCCGUAAUGCUUCCGACUCCCAACUAGCAGCCAAGGCGAAAUUGCACGCGGCGGCCGAGAAAGCUCCUCCCAUGCCCCGCCGUACGUGCCAUUCCGUUGCAUUGCGCGAGCGCUCUGCCAGACAAAGUCUCCAUUUCAAAUUGCUUACACACAAUGAGACAGCUCCCGAGAUCAUCACCACGGCCCCGACCACCACGUUUGACGGAACCGCCCCUCGAAAGAAGCCAUCCCGAAUGAACUUUUCAAUGCGAUUACGCCGCUCUGGAGAGAUUUCCAGGACCGAGCUAGCCGAUAAUUCGAACGAGAGAUUGGGCCUGGGUACAAUGGGGGACAGAAGAGUGUCACUUGUUCCAGAGGAAAGCAGCAGUGCCGAUAGCAGCGCGAAUUCGAAUGGGAAGCAGAGUGUCACUUUUGACGAACCAUCUCGGGCAUCCUUUUCUCAUGCGCCACCGGCUUAUGGGGAUGAUCAUUCAUCGACGCUUGCACUGCCUGCCACCAGGUUAUCAGAAUCCUCGAGAUCCGAUGCCAGCUCAGGGGACAGGGUGUAUGGGAGCACCACAGUAACAACUCAAACUAUACAUACUACUACCACCUUUUUCAAGCUGGGGCGGCGGAAGAAACAGACGGACUCUCUUUUCCCCAUUGCCCACCUACAGCCCAAGAACAAGUCUUCGAUGACGCACAACUCCAACCUCUCCAGCUCAUCGCUAUCCGUACCGAACAGAGUCAGCACGGAUAGGUCGACUGCCAGCAAAUCAUCCCUCAAUGGCUCCCAGCUCACGCCGACUCCUUCUAGGACACCAUCUCGGAGUGGCGGGUCAGUCUCACCCAGCCAAACUGUCACAUUAUUUGGCAAAGGGAAUGCCUCACCAGCAACUGCCCUGUUUCGGCCGAAUUCAAGGCACUCUGGUCACUCUUCACCUACGAGAACUUACAUCCACCGGAGGGGCCGUUCGUCGACCAUGAGCUCCCUCGGUAACAAUACGCCUAGGGAGUCCGUGGAGGAACAUUUGACUCUUCCAUCAAGGACAUCCAUGUCGACCAGCCGCAAGAGCUUUGGUGACCUUCUCGGUCUUAGCAGGUUACGACACAAUACCGAUUCCAUAUCCUCCCGGCAUGGGACCCUUACCCCGGCCACCCCUGCCUCGAGCGCAUCCAAGAAUAACUCGCUCCAGAUAUCGCGUGAGUCCAUCAUCCUCCCGGAGCGUCGGGAUGAUGAUACUCCCGCCAGAUAUCUCGAGCGGUUGUUGGAAGUUGUCAGCCGUAGUGUGGUGGCGGCUGCUCUCUCCAAGAACACCGAGCCCUUUGCACAAGCCGUGCUUCGAAGUUAUAUGCGUGGAUUUAUGUUUUUUGGUGACCCAAUGGACAUGGCUCUGAGAAAACUGCUGAUGGAAGCCGAACUUCCUAAGGAGACGCAGCAGAUCGACCGUUUUGUCCAGGCAUUUGCCAACCGGUAUCACGAGUGCAACCCCGGCAUCUACGCUUCACCAGACCAGGCCUAUUUUAUUGCCUUUUCCCUCUUGAUCCUACACACCGAUGUCUUCAAUAAGAACAACAAGCACAAGAUGCAGAAAGUGGAUUACCUCAAAAACACUCGAGGAGAGGGCAUUUAUGAGGAGGUCUUGGAGGUCUUUUACGACAACAUCACAUAUACCCCUUUUAUUCACGUCGAGGAUGAUUUCGACAUCAACGGAGAGCGGAUCGUCCCACACAAGGUGAAGAAGAAGCCGUUCUUGUUGAAUGCAGCGCCCGAUCCAGCGCGACGGACGAUAAAGGAGCCCGUCGAUCCAUACGCUGUUAUUCUCGAGGGAAAACUGGAUUUGCUACGGCCAAACUUUAGAGAUGUGAUGCACCUGGAAGACCCGUACAGCUACCUCGGAACGGCAAAGACGCUGAACAUGAAGGAGCUCCAGAAGACCUUCUUCAAGACCGGUGUCUUACAGAUCGUUUCGGCAAGAUCCCGACCCGAUGCCUUCAUGACGGAAAAGACAGCUUCGAAUCCGGAGGAGGCCCAUCCUGGUAUCGUGGAUAUUAAGGUCACAAAGGUCGGGCUGUUGUGGAGGAAAGAUGCCAAAAAGAAGAAGACGAGGUCUCCCUGGCAAGAGUGGGGUGCCAUCCUCACAGGUGCCCAGCUCUACUUCUUCCGGAACACCACCUGGGUCAAGUCGCUGAUGCAUCAGCAAAAGGACCAUCUCCGAAAGGGCUGCGAUGGGGAUCCCUGCAUCUUCAAACCGCCCCUUGAGGCCUUCAAGCCCGACGCGCUGAUGUCAACAGACGGCGCCGUGGCUUUGAUGGACAAGAGCUAUAACAAACACAAGCACGCAUUCGUGUAUGUCAAGAAUGGCGGGCUUGAGGAGGUUUUGCUGGCGGAAGACGAGGAUGAGAUGAAUGACUGGCUGGCCAAGCUCAAUUAUGCUGCUGCGUUUAGGACCUCUGGUGUGCGCAUGCGAGGUGUGAUAGGAGGGAAUAUCGAUGGUCAGGGGCGCAGAGCGCUCAGGAGACUGGAUGGCGAUAAUGUGCAGGUGAUCCAGACACCGACCGGAGAGGUGACGGUUUCGCGCAGCCGCAUUGACCACAAGAUGGCACAGGAUAUUUUGGCCGCGCGGAGGGAGAUCAUGAUGCAGAAGAUUACUGAUGCUGACGAGAAGCUCAAGGAAGUCGAAAAGACACUUGCCGACCAGCACCGGAAUGCCCGACAUCUUUCGCUUCUGACCCCUAUUUCGCAAAAGACCCGCGACUCGUUGCUUUUGGCGGGUGCGAGGAUUGCUGCGCAGCUGAAGUGGACGCGGAUGGAAAUAUGGAAACUGAAGUGUCACCGUGAUAUUCUCUCUUUGGAUUUGGAAGAGGAGCGCCAGCUUCUCGAUACUCCUGCGGACUCGCAGUUGCAGGUGCCUAUCACUAGGGAAGACUCGAGGGGAAGCAGCCUUGCAGCCCAGAAGAGUCCUCGGUCGCCCGCUCCGCUCUCCCUCACCAGAACCUCAACCGUCACAUCGAAAUCUGAAGGCUCAUCGCCAGUCACCGAGGUCUUCCGGACGCCGCCGACCAGUGCGACCUCUACGAGCUUCCUUACGCAGGAACGGACAUGGGAGUCGCCGGCCGCGGUUCUUGAUCAAAACGAUAAUCGCAAGGCUUCGGUCUCGACGGCCAUCUCAGUCAGCUCUACCCCAGCUACGCCAUCUCGAAAGAGGGCCGAGUCCAGCACGACUGUUGAAAAGCCCAAGUUUGAGGGACCAGGUGAAGAUGUGGAUGCGGACGAGCGUGACCUGCUUGCCAAGGCUGGACUUUUGGAAGCCGCUAGCUCGGAGACCAAGUCCUCGACGGCUGGCGAUGAGCCGUUUGAUACACCCGAGAGGCGUGGCCGCCACUCCAACAGCACCUCGGCCGAUCGGCUCGAAAAGACGAAUAUCCGGCGCAGUCUCCAGCGCACCCUUAGAGAGGGCGCCGGUCACCUCUCGCACCACCGCCACCGGAAGGGCAAGGAUUCAACGUCCAGUGCCACCAAUGCCGACGAGGGCAGCCGCGAUUCACCGGAUAGCUUCCCUCGCAGCACGGGCUCCUUUGUCGUACACGGCAAGAAGGCUUCGGUGAUCAACUUCAACAACGACCUCCAGAUCCAAGGUCUGACGGCUGAAGAGCGCAUCCGGCAACGAAUGCACCGUGGCGACGACGCAGGCAGUGUUCGGACCGGCCCGAGCGACGGCACGGACUUUCAAUCCAUCCUCACUGCUCGGUCUGUAUCCGAGCGCGAACAUCGGGGAUCUGCCGCCAGCGCGAGCACGGCCACGGCCCGAAGUUUCCGGGAGCUGCACAGGAAGUACUCGUCGGCUCAAGCGGCCCACAAGACCAUUGGCAGCCUCGCGCUGCCGUCUGAUGAGGAUAGUGAUGCGGCUAUCAGCUUUUCUGACGGUCGGCACACGCCCCUUCCGCCUAUUGAUGGGGAGGAGGAGGAGAAUGCCAUUUCGACGAAUGCGCUGACGACGGCGUUGGAGAAUGCGGUUGUGGAGGAGGAGGAUGAUGACGAUGAUGAUCUUCCUACCGCGAGGGAGGAGAGGAACACGGUUUAUUUUACUCCGCCGCCGGGCAGUCCGGUGAAGGAGGAGGAUGAUGGGGAUGGGGAGGGAAAUGAUGGGGUGGUGCUGCAGAAGGAUGGGGGGGAGAGGAUGGCGAGUCCACCGCCGUUGCAGUGUGUUGGUGCUUGA